AUGCCUCCCAUCCCGCAUCAGCGCGAAAAGCGCAUCGUCGGCACAUCAUUAAAGAUGUACUUCGAUCUCCCCAGCACUCUCCGUUACAUCGGCGCCGUGGCGCAGCUCGCCUCCGCCGCGGACAAGGCCAAUGUUGACUUCUUCGUGAUCCCGGAUUUCGUCACAUUGCUACCCUCUGCCGAGAAGCUCAGGAGCACUUCCGUCCAGCUCGGCGCCCAAGACACCUUCAGCGAAGACAAGGGCGCUUUCACCGGCGAAGUCAGUCCCGUUACUCUCGCUCAAGCAGGCGUCAAGAUCGUCGAGAUCGGCCAUGCUGAGCGGAGACGACUGUUUGGGGAGAGGGACGAGGAUGUGGCGAGGAAGGCCGCAGCGGUUGUGCGAAAUGGCAUGACGCCGCUUAUCUGUAUUGGGGAGAAGACUAAGCCGUCCACCUCCAGCAUCUCGCAAGCUGUUGGGUUAGCAGUAAGUGAGUGCAAGCCACAGAUUACUACUGCGCUCUCAGCUGUUCCGGAUGACGCGGAAGUUAUUCUGGCGUAUGAACCCGUGUGGGCUAUUGGAGCGGCGGAGCCUGCUGGUGCGGAUCAUGUUGUGGCUGUGGCGCAGAAUCUGCGAGCGCUGGUGGAGGACAGAAGAGGGAGGACGCGGAUUUUGUAUGGAGGGAGUGCUGGACCUGGAACGUUUCAGAACUUGAAGGACGGAGUCGAUGGGUUGUUCUUGGGGAGGUUUGCCCAUGAUAUCAGUAACCUGGAGAAGGUGAUUCAAGAGAUGAGCGAGCCUUGA